AUGGUGCUUGAACCAGGGUCAGAUUCACCGGUUAGCUGUCAGCCGAACGAUAGCCAUUGUCCGGCCGGUAACGAAUGUGUUGAAAGUUCCAUUCUUGGAUUCCAUUUAUGUUGUUCGGCGUUGUCAAAAAAUGUAUCGGCAUUCAAACGGCCAUCUCGAAACAAUUGCCCAAGAAAUAUCCGUACAAAUAGACAAUCUUGUGAGGUGAACGCGAUUGGUGUGUGUCCAUUCGGAUAUACGUGUCUCGCUCGUAGAACCUCAUCAUCAAACACACGAGGUUCAUGUUGUUUUGCACAACCGAAAUGUCUUAUCGGUCAACCGAAAGUGGUCAGUGGAGAUCAGGUUUGA